GAGAUUGCGAUGGCGGCAAAGUUUAGCAUGGCGGGCGCGUCCAGCCUAUUUGGCGCCGAAGAUCACUUGGAAGCGUCGGACCGCAUGGGACAAGCCAUGGAGCAGCUCAAAGUGCGGGAGCAGCAUGAAACCCAGCAACGCCAGCAGAAGCAGCUCGUGAAGCAACAACAACAUGUUGCCAAGCUGGACGCCCAGGAAACGCAACACAUCCGCGACAGUAUCCGACCGGAACACUACGAAGCAGGGAACCUUCAAAAAUCCCAAGCUAGUCAGGCCGCGGACGGAGACGACGACGACGAGGACGAUUUCGAGGACGAUUUGGAUCAAGAUCCCGACUUUAUGCGGCUGCGGGAAGUACGCCUCAAGCAGCUACAAGAGCAGUACAAGCUCAAGGCGGAAAACUUGGCCAAAGGCCAUGGCGACUACCGCGAGAUCCUCCAAGACGAAUUCCUCAAGGAAGUGACGUCCAGUGCCCGCGUGCUGGUGCAUUUCUACCAUCGCGACUUUGAGCGCUGCAAGGUCAUGGACAUGCAUCUUGGCCGCAUCGCCAAGCGUCACGUGGAAGUAAAGGUGCUCAAGAUCGACGCGGAGAAGGCGCCAUUUUUCGUCGCCAAGUUGGUCGUGCGGGUGCUGCCGACGAUCAUCUUGUUUGAAAACGGCAUCGCCAACGAUACCCGCGUCGUCGGGUUCGAAGGGCUCGCGGACGACCUGCCGCUCGGUCGCGAAGAUGAAUUCCCCACUGUGAACUUGGCCCGACGCCUAGCCAAGAUGGGCGCGUUGAACUCGUCCGACCAAGACGAAGAUGCCGAAGAUCAUGAUGGCAGUUGUCGUCGACAGGACAACAAGCCGAGCAUCCAACAAGGCUUGAACCGAAGUUACGACGCCGAUGAUUAAAGCAUUCGAUCCAUAGCAAACUUGGUUAUGAAUGGUGGCAUAACGUUACAAAACGUUCGUGUAGCGAAUAAACACGUGUUUUGGUCUGGGUAACGUUACCCGAAGGGGAUUUAUCGCGGAAUAGCAACGAGUAUGCCUUCCUCGCAGGACAUUGAUGUCGUCAGCGCACGCAUGCACGAGUCGUGGGGGUUGUUUGCAGUCGGUGUAGGAGAUCGCGCACCUUGUGGAGCUCGGUGACUACCGUGUCCACUGUACCUAACACAUAGAAGGCGUUGAUUGUGCAAGGA